CUCUCUGGUAGCAUUUACUACAUUCAAGCCAAUCCUAACACUGGGACUGUUUGACGUUAAGAAGACAUUUAGUGAGUUUUGUUCUUCUAUUUUAUGCAAUAAAUAAAGAAAAUAGUUAUAUUUCAAGAUGACUAUGGCUAUGCUUCAACGAAGAGCUAAUGUAAGGCUACCUCCAGAAGUAAACAGGGUAUUGUAUAUAAGGAAUUUGCCUUAUAAAAUUACCGCUGAAGAAAUGUAUGAUAUUUUUGGCAAAUAUGGAGCUAUUAGACAGAUUAGGGUGGGUAAUACUGCUGAAACUAGAGGAACAGCUUUUGUUGUGUACGAGGAUAUAUUUGAUGCCAAGAAUGCUUGCGAUCAUUUAAGUGGAUUUAAUGUUUGUAAUAGAUACCUGGUAGUUUUAUACUAUCAAAGUAAUAAAGCAUUUAAAAGAGUUGAUGUUGAUAAGAAGAUGGAAGAAAUAGACAAGUUGAAAACAAAGUAUAAUUUGAAUGAGGAAAAAAAAUAAUAUAAUUCUAUUCAUAAAUUUAAUUAAAAUAUGAAAGUAAUCCAUUUUGUGAUACAAGCUAUUUAUUUUGCAGAAAUUUCUUUUUAUAUAUUAUCAUUAUAUAUUAUCAUUAUAAAGUAAAUCUAUAAAUGUUGUAGAUGUAUCAAUAAAUGAUUUUAUCUAUCAUAA